UGUCUCCGAUACGCGUUUCUAGUUUGGAAGAGCAUUUUGGUUUGGAAUUUUUGCCUCUGUUCUGCGCAGAACUCUUUUAGACCUAUUGUUUUUCGAUUUCUAGCAGUGAAAAGGAGAUAUGGGUUUUUCCAAGGAACAGUUGUUAGCUCGUUUGCAGGAGCUUCAAAUUGAUUAUUCCCAGCAUGAGCAUCCUGUGGUUUUGACUGUUGAAGCACAGGCAAAAUAUGUUGGAGAUUUGGGGGGUGGACUUAGUAAAAACUUAUUCUUAAAGGACAAGAAAAAUAGGUUAUAUAUUGUUUCCGCUUUAGUGAAUACGAAAGUAGAUUUGAAAGUUCUAUCAACAAGACUGGGAUUGGGAAAAGGAGGUUUGAGAAUGGCUCCUGAAGAAGCAUUGGGAGAAGUACUUCAGGUGCCACUGGGUUGCGUCACACCAUUUGCUUUGGUGAAUGAAUCAGCUAGACACGUCGCUCUGUUGUUGGAUCAAGGGUUUAAAAGUCAGGAAUACUGCUUCUUUCACCCACUAUCAAAUGAUAUGUCAAUCUCUCUCAAUGUCUCUGGUCUUGACAAGUUUCUUAAAUCUGUUGGGAGAGACCCCACAUAUGUAGACUUGGAGGCUAGCCCUUCAGUAGGAAAAGACCAACCUCCUGAUCUUGCUGCUCUUGUCCCAACGAGUAGCACAGUUUUCUCUGAUCCUUCAGAAAAUGCAACAUCAACAAACUGCUCUGUGUCCUCUUCUGGUGCCAACACCGCUAAAGUCACUGCGAAUCCAUCAAAGCCAUCCUCUAGUGUGAAAAAUGCCAAGGAUAAAGCAGUCAAAAGUGCAAAUCCAUCUGCCUCUACAACAAAUGUUGAGGCAUUUGUGGAAUCAAUACUGGAUAAAACAUCUCAGCUGUUGCUUAAAGAGAUAACUGAAGAGACUAUCAAGGAACAUGGAGGACAGCUGGGAACUGUAGUAUCUAAUAUUAUCAGAAGCCGUCUUAGCUCGGAUUUGAACAGCACCACUAUGACAUUCAAGAACACUGCAUAUACAGAAGGAUUUCAUGCUGGCAUUCACUCUUCUCCCAGGCAAAGUUUUUGAUGAGUAUUAUUGGGUCUCCCUUUCCCACCCCCAAGUGAGGAGGGGAAAAAAAAAAAAGGAAAAAAAAAAAAUUUAAAGAAAAAGGCGGCAGAGAGGGUAUGGAGAUAUACUGUUCAAUGUUCUAAUUUUUAAUUGAUAUAAUUUGAUAGAUGUAUUAUUUUUAGAUUGUUGAUACUAUUUUCCAUACUGGUCAAUGUUUAAUUACCUUGUAAGUGGCUUUCUUUAUAAUUUACUUCAAUGCUACUGGUAAAAACUUUCUGGAUAGUGAGCUUGAUUACUAGUUACCUCCUCA